GAAAGUGCCCAGUCAGAAGAGCAUGAAGACAGCCGUGAAUUUUCAAACUGAAAGGGAGUCCGGAGUGGAUUUCAAACAGUCAGUCCUUCACGCCAUAGCCACCCAUCGUCGUCUGCACAGUGAAAUCCGUCUUCCUUCCCUUUCCCGGACUCGCUUUCUCUCUGGGCUGGCUGGCUGUAGGAAUUGCGUUGCCCAGUGCAGGAUAAUGCGUAGGUUUCCAUCAUGAUGGUGUGCUUGUGGAGACGUACGCCGUGCACACCAAGAGCAUUGUUGUAGGAGCAUUCGGUGUUGCUGCUCCGAGGUCCACAGGCGCGACUCUCGAAAAGAUGUCAUCGAGGCGCACGGCUGUGAUUAGUCGCCGCAUGGCAGCCUCGUACACUCACGCCGGUUAAAUUCCCGACUUUCGAAGUGAGUGCCCCCGAUAAGACAUAUCCGGAAUAGACAAUUUUGGCGCAACAUGUUUGUCCAAGAGUCAAAUGAAUCGUACGUCAGUGUGCUGAAAAAAAUUCCUGCACCCAGAAAAGCCAGCCUCGAGUGAGGUAGAAAUUUUGAAGUUGGGAGUGAUGAGACUAAGCAAGAGAUAGCCGAGAGGCAGGGAGGGAGGGAGGGAGGGAGAGUGGAGGGAAUGUCUAUGGGCGGAGUGACUGAGAUCAUACCUAGGAUAAUGCCCGCUCGUCGGAGGAACAGGUCUAUGAUGGAGUUACUGUAGGGCGAGCUUGGGCUUACGUUCGCAGUUUCUAUUCUCUUUCUGUUUUCCAUCCCUUGGCUGCUCCCUAUUGUUUUUCUCUCUCGUGUCGCAUGCGUUUUUCCGAUCCUUAGCGUCUUGCGGUUAACCGAGGCAGUGGUCUGGAGUUGUAUCUCGAAUAUAGAGGCUCGAAUGGUUUCGAACUAGAGAGUUGCGAGAAUUUGGUCCUUGGGAACCUAGGUAAGGUCAGCCACGAUGAGUGCAGAGAGUUGAGAGAGUGUUAAGUGUCGUGCAGUUGUGGGGAGGUCAAGAUCUAGGUUAAACCGACAAGGGAGCCCCUGGGAGUUGACUGCUGUGGAUUUGAAUGGGGGAGCCUCGGGAGCUGUGAUGAGCAUUGGAUUUGUGCUGUGGAUUUGUGUGCUCGGACCGGAAGCAGCAUGACUGUUAGGUUGCGCGAAGCGAAUUUGGGAUGAAGUGGAGCUAAUUCGUGAUAAUUUAGGGCGAGCUUGCGCGAUUUCAGCUUUCUCAACACAAACAGGACUUGGGAGGUAGUGGUGGGCAGCAUGCAUGAGCCUCCCGGGAGAAUUAGAAUAGGGAACUGGAGACGUGCACCGAACUGGUGCAUUGUGGAGCAAGAAGAUGCCAUUUAUGAAUGGUCCGUGGUCUGGGCAAUGGUUGAGGAUGCAGCUGAUUCGCUCUCGGUGUGGGGGCAUCGUCAGACGCCUCUCCAAUGUCUAAAUCCGUGAGCAAAGCCCCUCACCAAGCAUAGAGUACCUUUCCUUGCUCGCCGAUCAUCUGAUGAGUAAACGCUCUUUUCACGUUUUCCAAGACAAAAGCUCUCGUGGGCAUGUUUCUAGGCACCUGGAGAUGCGUAAAGUUUGAAAUUCGGCAAGAAAAAUAGGUUAUUCGUACCAUGUUUCCUUUAAAGAGCUCCGGUCCUCGGAGCACUUUAGAAGAGAUGUUGGAUUUAUUUAGAACGGAUGACAAGCAAGAGAAAGAAUCUAUGGACAAUGGAGAGGAGGCUAGGCCACCCCCUCUUCCUGUGAGGCCAGCAUCUCGAGCUCGACUACCAUCCUCUGUACGUGCAAGGAAACAUCAAGUUGUAGCUAUGGUAAAGCUCAUCUCGUCUAGCGAAAGAUCCGUUGAUGUAGUCCAGGGGGACGUUGCAGUGGAUGCUCCUGCUGUAAACACAGUUUUGUGUCCUGUAACAGAUUGCUUGGAUGUAGAUGAUGACCAGGUAUCCAAACCCGAGAGAUGCCAGGAACGACCUGUUAAUCAUCCUCCAGCAAUCGUAAUCCCCGAUGAUCAGGCACUUCAAAAUGGUCACAUGGCUUUUGAGACAAAUGUGACUGCUACGAACUGCACGAAAAUGUCGGAGUCGCAAGAAAUUACAGCUUCAUUGACCAACCCAGCUGCUAUCUCGGUUGGAAAGCAAAGGGUGGGCGAGGAAGAAGCAGAAUUGCAUUCUAACAAGCUUUUGGUUGAUGUGAGAGGGACUGCAAAUGGGUCUGUUGUUGAUGAUGGGGCUGCGGUGGAGCAAUCAGAUUUCUCUGCCCUUCCACCUGAACAGCUUGCUUUGCUUCAAAUUCCCAGCUUACAAUCUCCAGCUCGUACUCCUACCUCACCUGCACCAAGCAGGAAAUGGAUCGACGAUGGAGUAUUACGGUUAAGAAAGAAUUUGCGAGUAUGGUGCUUGACCUCGGAAAAUAUAUGGAUUUGUGGAACCAUUAUAUCUGUCGAAGACGCGGAGGCUGUUGUCUGGACCUCUGAUCGAGAGGAGAUUCAAGUGAGUGUAACAAAGUUGCUACCUGCAAACCCCGCCUUUCUGGAGGGAGUGGAUGACCUCAUAAAGUUGAGCUACCUCAACGAGCCUUCUGUUCUCCAUGACUUGGAUUACCGAUAUUCGAAAGAUCAGAUAUAUACAAAGGCUGGUCCUGUAUUGAUUGCGGUUAAUCCGUUCAAGAAAAUUCAUAUAUAUGGAGAGGAUAUAAUGCAAGCUUAUCGGGAUAGAACUUCUGCAAGCUCUCAGCCUCAUGUUUAUAUGAUAGCUGGCAGUGCCUUUGGCGCAAUGAUGAAAGAGGGGAUUAAUCAGUCCAUUAUUAUCAGUGGUGAGAGUGGUGCAGGGAAAACAGAAACGGCAAAGAUUGCCAUGCAGUAUUUAGCUGCUCUAGGAGGAGGUAGUGGGAUAGAAGAUGAAAUUUUGCAAACCAACCCAAUCUUAGAAGCCUUCGGCAACGCAAAAACUUCAAAGAAUGACAAUUCGAGUCGCUUUGGAAAGCUCAUUGACAUACAUUUUGACGAAAGUGGGAAAAUAUGUGGAGCAAUUAUUGAAACAUAUUUGCUUGAGAAGUCGAGAGUCGUACAGCAAGCAGAAGGUGAAAGGUCAUAUCACGUUUUUUAUCAACUGUGUGCUGGAGCUGAUGAAUCUUUACGAGAUCUUCUAAGACUAAGAUCCGCCAAGGAGUAUCGGUAUCUAAGCCAAAGUAGCUGUAUGUCUAUCGAUAAUGUUGAUGAUGCGGAGCAAUUCCAACGUUUGAGGAAAGCCAUGAACGUGGUGCAAAUUUGUAAAGAAGAUCAGCAGAAAGUUUUUGAACUGCUCUCCGCCGUCCUAUGGCUUGGAAAUAUUGUGUUUCGCGUUUCAGAGCCUGAUAAUCAUGUCGUGGUUGUGGACAAUGAAGCUGUGGAAAUAGCAGCAGCCUUGUUGGGUUGCGAGGUUGAUAAACUUGUAACAGCAUUAUACAGUCGGAGGAUCCGUGCAGGGGGUGAUACUAUUGUACAGAGACUGACACUUUCUCAGGCAACUGACUCAAGAGAUGCGCUUGCUAAAGCAAUUUACUCCUACUUGUUUGAUUGGCUGGUUGAACGUGUAAACAAAUCACUGGAAGCUGGCAAGUUGCGAACUGGAAGAUCAAUCAGCAUUCUGGAUAUCUAUGGAUUUGAAACUUUCAAGAGAAAUAGUUUUGAGCAACUGUGUAUAAACUAUGCAAAUGAGAGGCUGCAGCAGCAUUUCAACCGUCAUCUUUUUAAGCUCGAACAAGAAGAAUAUACUUCUGAAGAUAUUGAUUGGACCAGAAUAGAAUUUCAAGACAAUCAACAAUGCCUUGAUCUUAUCGAGAAGAGACCUGUGGGAUUAAUAUCGUUACUUGAUGAGGAGUGUAUGUUUCCACGAGCAACUGAUUUUACGCUGGCGAAUAAGUUGAAGGAUCAUCUGAAAAAAAAUGCUUCUUUCAGAGGGGAGCGGGACAAAAAAUUUCGUGUUUACCACUAUGCUGGAGAGGUGCUCUAUGAGGCGGAUGGGUUUCUUGAGAAGAAUAGAGACUUACUACAUGCAGACCUGGUGGAGCUUCUGGAGUCAUGUGAUUGUGCGUUGAUUUUUGAUUUUCUAGCAUCUGCUGGUCAAGGGUCUGGAAAGUCCAAUGGCUCAGAAUAUCAAAAGCAAAGUGUUGCAUCCAAGUUCAAGGGCCAAUUGAACAAGCUUCUGCAAAGAUUGGAGGCCACUGAACCUCAUUUUAUACGGUGCAUCAAACCAAAUACCCAGCAGCUUCCAAAUGUCAUCGACCAGAAACUGGUCCUGCAGCAGCUUCGUUGUUGUGGAGUCCUGGAGGUGGUCCGCAUCUCUCGCUCUGGUUACCCAACUCGGUAUACUCAUAAUGAAUUUGCGAGCAGAUAUGCUUUCCUCCUUCCAAGAGACGUCUCUGAACAAGAGGAUGUGUUGAGCGUAUGCGUGGCUAUUCUUGAGCAUUUCAGGAAGUUUAUCACUUCCGAAAUGUAUCAAGUUGGUAUUACCAAAUUAUUUUUCCGCGCUGGACAGAUUGGAAUGCUGGAGGAUGUGAGAGUAAGAACUCUCCGCAGUAUUGACCGAGCCCAAGCUGUGUACAAAGGGUACAAGGUUCGACGUGAGUACAAAAAGAAGCGCAAGGCAGUAGUUUUCUUGCAAUCCUUGGUAAGAGCGGCUAUAGCAAGAAGACAUUUCGAGAAAAGAAAAGAACGGCACAGAGCAGUUGUGUUCAUUCAAAAGAAUGUCCGGGGGUGGAUUGCACGUUGUGCAUAUCAAGCUAAGAAGGAGAAGGUUAUCCUGAUCCAAUCAGUGGUGCGCAUGUCGUUGGCCAAGGGACAGUUAAACGACCUCCAGAAAGAGGCCGAGGAGAAGAGAGCCGUAGAAAGAAAGUUGGCCGAGGAGAAGAGGGCGUCUGAGUUACAAUUGGCUGCCGAGAUUCAGGAAAAAGAGGCAGCCGAGGAAAAAGUACGUAUCGAAGCCGUCUUACAAGAAGAAGUCAGGAUGAGGCGACAAGCGGAGGAGGGUACUGGAUCAGCUGAUGAAGAGCAAGAAAGCAUCAAGGAGAUAUGUGAAACGAUUACAACGAAACCUCCUGAAUCUGAGGAACAGAAUGAAUCAACCAUCAGGGUGAGACCUUCUCACAUUUUGGAGCUGCAACAGAGGGCGGUGAUUGCGGAGAGAACCCUUCUAGAGAAAGAGGAAGACAACGCGCUACUGCGACAGAGGAUCCAACACUACGAGAAUCAAUGGGUGGAAUAUGAAGCCAAGAUGUCAUCUAUGGAGGAGAUGUGGCAAAAGCAGAUGUCUACAUUGCAGCUAAGCUUAGCAGCUGCAAAGAAGAGUAUUGCCACUGAAGAGAGCGCCACCUUGCAGACUUCUUCUAAAGAUGGCUCUGAGGACCAAAAGACUGUAGCUGGGAAACACAACCGUAACACUCGGCCUCUGCUUCCUACUGAGGAAGAGAAAUUUCACAAAGUUAUACAAGAUCUGGAUGACGAAGCGGCGAAAGUUCCGGAGAAUGUAGAAAACAAUUCCAACAAGUUCUUGCAUGCAGGAUCUGAACUUGGCUCGAGCCAGGGUGAGGUGGCUGCUGGGCAUUCAUAUGUAACCCAAUUGGACCGAGAAUUCGACCAUCGGAAGCAAGUUUUCACCGACGACAUCGACUUCCUUGUGGAAGUGAAGUCUGGUCAGACUACGGCGCAUUUGAGUCCUGAAGACGAGCUCCGAAAACUCAAAACUAGAUUCGAUGCGUGGAAGAAAGACUUCAAGGUGAGGUUGCGUGAGACCAAGGCGGUGCUCAGCAAACUUGGUCACACGGAUUCGAGCGACAAAUGGAUCCGAGGGAAAAAAUGGCACUGGGUUAAACUGGGGAAACAAAUCACACCCCCUUGAAUUCAUUCCGGAAACCAUCUGGCAUUCUAUCUAUUUGGACAACUUCGGAUCUUUUCUGUGAGACCUGGGCGUUUCCAUCUCAAAGCACAUUUUUGAUGUUUUGAGCGCCGUUUUGCAGCAAAGAAUGCUCCUGUGCUGCAAGCUUGCUUUUCGAUUCAACUUGUCAAGAAAGCGACACUUGUGCUGCCCACAAAGUUUUAAGCUUACACCCUAGAUUUUAAAGCUUGGUGGGGGCGAACAUGGUCUCAAACUGGCCAUUAGGAAUAGUACAUCUUCUCUAACUUGUGAGGAAGUAACGAAGUGAUGUUGGGGUUUCGAGGGUGCAAAGGAUAUCCUCCACAGCAGGCAUUCAUGUGCUUCCCUCCGUUGUCGAAUAAGGGCACUAAUAAAUAUAUAUAUAUAUAUAUAUCUAUUUGUGUGGCUCCGUGGCUCACUUUUGUUCUUGAUGUUCUGAAGUUGGCUUGACCUCGGAUUGGCAAUGCAUUUUUCAUUACUUUAAAUAUAAGAGUUAUGAACUCUGAAAUUGAAGUACA